AUGGCCACGUCAAGUGUUUCUCCUAGCAACCCCAUUAGUAGCAAUCGAAAAGCUUUUCAAAAUGAGAAACCUAGAAAGAAUUUCAAAAUAGCCUUCGUGGGUAAGGCAGGUAGUGGACGGAAUAGCCUCGCCUGGCGCAUGAACAACUUGAACGAUUCUGAACUUCCAGUCCUCCCAUCUUUGCCUUGCCGAGAAGUUGUUCUGGAAGCUUCCACUCGAUCUGCUAUUAAGCAUCAAGGUGAGGUAUGUCUCCAGAUUCGAAUCGUGCCCCCAGAGGAUCAGGGUUAUGAGCGUCCUUUCUUCCAUAGGCAUGGUGGAAUCAAUGAGAUUGAUGUCGUUGUGUUCGUUGUCGAUCUUGGGGACGAGACAAGUUCCGACGAAUUCUAUACAUGGUAUGAAAAAGUUCGGCGAUAUUCGGGACGACACAUGCCUCCGUUUCUUAUUGUAGGUAACAAAACAGAUCUGAGACUUUUCGGUAGGGCCACACCAUAUACGUGGGGCGAAAACAUGGCAAGUGUGUAUUCAGCUCGAGAAUAUUUAGAAUGCUCUGCAAAGACCAAUUAUCGAGUGGGAGAUGUACUGGACGCCAUCUUGAAGAUUUUAUUAUAA